AUGUAUGUGGGAUACCUUCUGGAUAAAGAAAGCGGCAUGUAUCACCAAGGGCCAGUAAGAAGAUCAAGCAUCAAUCUGCCUCCACAGAACUUUGUUUCUACACCACAGUACCCAGACUUUACUGGAUACCAUCAUGUGCCAAACAUGGAUACGCACGCACAGUCUGCGGGAAGUUGGGGAGCUGCAUAUGGCGCUCCACGGGAGGACUGGGGCGCAUACAGUCUGGGACCACCUAAUACUAUUCCUACACCCAUGAACAACUCCUCUCCUGGACAGGUUCCUUACUGCCCAUCUGAGUACAGUCAUAUGCAUCCUCCAGGAUCUGCGGUGUUACAGCCGCCGCCGGACAACGUUACUGUCGCACAACUUUCUCCUGAUAGAGAGAGACGCAAUUCAUUCCAGUGGAUGAGUAAAACGGCGCAAUCAUCUUCUACAGGUAAAACAAGAACGAAGGAGAAAUACAGGGUAGUUUACACAGACCAUCAGAGGCUGGAGCUGGAGAAGGAGUUUCAUUUCAACAGAUACAUCACCAUCAGGAGGAAAUCUGAACUGGCUGUCAACCUCGGUUUGUCGGAAAGACAGGUGAAAAUCUGGUUUCAGAACCGCAGAGCCAAAGAGAGGAAAAUGAUCAAGAAGAAGCUGGGUCAGUCUGACGGCAGCGGGGGCUCUGUGCACAGUGACCCGGGUUCGGUGAGCCCUCUGCCGGUGCCGGGGUCUCUCAGUCCCACAGACAUCCACGGCUCUCUGUACCCUCCUCAGGGAAUGAACACCUUGCCAUCUAUCAGGAAUAUACAGCAAGUGACUGUGACUCAGUAAAGCAGUUCCCCCUCUGGACCAUCUAACAUAACUGAGCACUCCGACACGCUGACAGGACACUUGAUAGGCAGCCAGAAGAUCUGAACUGCACAAAGCUGUGGAUAAAAUAUUUGAUUUAUAGCAACGAAAUGCUGGAGGCUCUUGAAAUAUUGCUUUUUAUAGAAUAGUUAUAACGUGGGGUUAAAAACAACGUAAAA